AUGACGUCACGCCAGUUAUCAUUGCCGUUACCCUUUCCGUUAUCACAGGCGCUAAGAUCCAAUCGUUGGUCAUUCUUAAAUCUUGAAAAUCUUAGAAGAAAUUUCACAAGAGCGACUUUUUCUGUGACGGCCUGCUGGAGUCUCUAUCUCUCCGUCACUCAUAUCCGAGAUGAUAGAUCUGACUAUAAGUCCGCCGAUAUUGUUGGUUAUUUCAGCGUUAAUCCUGCCUCAGAAUCUUACGCUAAUGCGCAACAAGGCCUGAACACGUCGAACUCCAGCCUCAAUGCUACUUGGCCGUGGUGGAUUGGAUUGUGGCUUUCGACAGACAAAAAUGAGAAAGAAUCUUACGCUAAUGCGCAACAAGGCCUGAACACGUCGAACUCCAGUGUCAAUGCUGCUUGGCUGUGGUGGAUUCUGGCUUUCGACAGACCAAGUUUCAGAGAGAGAGAGAGAGAGAGUACAUAUGAAGAAUUCAAAGAACCCAACUGGAUUGGAAAAUGCCAGUUGUGUCUUGCCAUGAUGUUGCUCAUCCGGAUCCGAGGUGAGGCGAGGAAGAGAUUUGAUCCGAUGACACGAAUUAAGGUUUGGGCUUAAAAUUGGACAAUGAUAAUGCACACGUCCCAUGCCCCAGUGGAGUAAGGUAUGCAUUUUAAUUUUAUUAAUUGAACUUUGAUGGGAUCUGAAUGCAUGGAAAAUAUGUAGUACUAUGCAAAUGUGUUGGUAGUUUUAUACAACAUAUAUAUAAAUACAUAUGAUGACCUUUUAUAGUGAAAGUUUCCCGUUUAUUUUGUUGGUAUCCUUCUUACUCUGAAACCCGAGCUAUCUUUUGAUGGUUUCAACUCUUUAAAGAAAAAUAACACUAUAAAAAUAUUUUUGUAUUUCUUUGUUUUAUUUUUUUUUGCCUCGUAUUGUAACCCUUUUAGAGAGGCAAAAUUUCAUUUUUAGUUCAUUAUUUUAUUCAUUUUUAGCAAAUGUCCACCUUUUUGGCAGACAUCAAAUUUUGUACAUAAAUUUGAAAAAUUUAUAUAAACAAGUUGAUUAAUCAUUAGUGGCAAGAUAAGAUAAAGACCCGAUUAUCACGGGAUCGAUGCUGGCAAAUCACGGGCCGGAAAUGUAGUUUGUGCAUAUAAUUUUUAA